GGCUCAACAGCCCAGAUUGAAGUUAGUCGUGUAUCAAAUUAGCAGAGAAAUCGCGAAACAAAAUGCGACUUUUAGUGUGCGCUGUAUUUUUUGCAAUCGGUGGUGUUCUGACGGAGAAUGAUUGGUGGAAACAUGCAAACUUUUAUCAGAUCUAUCCACGGUCCUUCAAAGACAGCGAUGGCGAUGGCGUGGGUGAUCUUCGCGGAGUGAUGGAAAAAGUUGGCUACCUUAAGCACGAACUGGGCUUAGACGCUAUCUGGCUGUCGCCGAUAUUUAAAUCUCCCAUGGCAGAUUUUGGCUAUGAUAUAUCUGAUUUUUUGGAUAUUCACGAAGAAUUCGGAACGAUCGCAGAUUUGGAGGCCCUCGCUGCGGAGUGUAAAAAGCAAAAUUUGAAGCUUAUUUUAGAUUUUGUUCCUAACCACAGCAGUGAUGAGCAUGAGUUCUUCAAGAAGUCGGAAGCCAAAGAUCCGGAAUACGCAGAUUAUUACGUGUGGCACCCGGGUAAGCUAUUAGCCAAUGGAACGCGCGUUCCACCUUCCAACUGGAUUAGUGUUUUUCGUGGCAGUGCCUGGCAGUGGAGUGACAAACGCAAAGAGUACUAUCUUCACCAAUUUGUAGCCAAACAACCCGAUCUGAAUUACCGAAAUCAGAAAGUGGUUGAAGAUAUGAAAAAUGUUCUGCGGUUUUGGUUGGGAAAAGGUGUCAGUGGUUUUCGGAUUGAUGCUUUGCCGUAUCUUUUUGAAACCCAAGCGGUUAACGGGGUCUAUCCAGAUGAAAUGAAGAGCGGUGACACGGACGAUCCUGAUAACCCAGCGUAUCUUGUGCACACACAUACUCAAAAUCUAGAUGAAACGUUCGACAUGGUGUUCCAGUGGCGAGCUGUGCUCGAUGAGGUCAAAGCUGCUCAGAAUUCGGAAGAUCUGGUACUGAUGGUGGAAGCUUACACCUCUUUAGCCAACAUUAUUAGAAUCUACGGAAAUGACCAACAGGAAGGAGCCCAAGUACCAUUCAAUUUCGAAGUCCUGAGCUACACCUAUAAGCACAGCACCGGCAAAGACUUUUACGACAACAUCAAGCGGUUCUUGAAUGUCUUGCCUAGUAACCGCUUUGCAAACUGGGUUCUUGGAAACCACGAUAAUAAACGCUUGGCUUCUCGCCUGGGUGUAGAGCGGGCAGAUUUGUACAACAUUGCGCUCAAUACCUUACCCGGGAUUGCAGUUACGUACAACGGAGAGGAACUCGCCAUGGAAGAUGUGUACAUUCCGUGGAGCGAGACAGUCGAUCCAGCUGCGUGUAAUUCCAACCCUAGGGACUUUCUGAUGUACUCUCGCGACCCGGCAAGAACGCCAUUCCACUGGGAUGCAACCACCAGUGCAGGUUUCUCCACCAAUCCCAAAACCUGGCUGCCGGUGUCACCAUACUACAAACAAAACAACUACAAACUUCAAACGAUGGCUCCAAGAAGUCAUGUUAAAAUUUUUAAAACAUUACUAAGAUUACGAAAGCAACGAACACUUCGCGAGGGUACAUUCGACAUGAAACUGCUGAACGACAAUCUGAUUGUGUACAAACGGGAACUGGCCGACGUUAGCACCAUCGUUGUCAUUUUGAAUUUCGCCAAGCAAUCGCAAACCGUUAAUCUGUCGGAGGCGUUUGACGGACUGCCACUGGAAUUCGAGAUCGUAACUUCCUCGAUGCAGACAAAUUACGUCGAUGGCUCGAUUCUGGAUCGUGACCAAGUGCCGCUCCCCGCGGAAGCCGCCAUCGUUUUGGAGGGGAAAGUGACAAAUGGAGUGUGAUUGAAAUAAUUGAAUUGAGCUAAACGAAAAGAAGAAAGUGUAUGAUAGAACGAUCGAAAGGUGACAUUUGGCAAACAUAAGGCACAUCAACUCUAUUGAUCGAAAUUAAUAGUAGAAUAGAUGGUGAUGAGUAAGAUGUCAUGUAAUUUUCAGAAGGAAUAGGUUUCAGUCAAUGAAUAUGUUAUUUAAACCACGUGAACUAAAUAAACCAUAUUCUUCCGCGUGUCUACUAGAAUCUAAUUAUAAUGUAAUUACUAACGAAAGCGUUUAGAGUCCAGUGCAAACCAUGUGUUUUUCUUCUUAUAUUGAUUUUUAACAUGGUUGUUGUCAUCUAAUAUUAUUCCGUCAUGUUAGGAGUUAUUAUUUUGUGAUCAUUAAAAGGCAAUUCUAUCA